AUGUCACGUACGGAUGUCAAAUCUAUGGGGUGCAGAGCAAAUACCUACGUAAUGUAAAAUGCAAGUUAUCGCUAGGAAUUAAGCAAAAUUAAGUUAAUGUUUUAUCUAACUGAAAUGUAAAAGAAAAAUAAUCAUGUCGGUCAUAAAUGAACCAGUGCUCAACAUCAUUGUGGUAGGAUUCCAUCACAAGAAAGGUUGCCAAGUGGAACAUUGUUAUCCGGAACUAGUGCCUGGUCACCCAUCAGAGCUGCCUCCCGCUUGGCGACAUUUGCCAGCGCUGGCACUACCAGAUGGCUCUCAUAACUACUUAUCUGAUACAAUAUUCUUCAAUUUGCCUGGACUGACAGAACCAGCGCACACCGUCUAUGGAGUAUCAUGUUUCAGACAAAUUCCUGUAGAGCAAGUAGUGCAAAAGACUGAUGACAUGACUCGCAGCUCGGUGCAGAAGAGUGUAUGUGUGGUGUGCAGAGCUCCUCUGUUUGGUCGGCUGGCUGUCAAGUUGGAGCUGGUGGUACGAGCCUGGUUUCUACAAGGAGAUUUCUCACAAACGAAACUGCUAGAAGAUGCAUACAUUCAUUUAAAUAGUUGCCCUGUUCAGAUGGAUCAAAUUGUUGAAGGUUUAUCAGUGCAGAGAUUAGUGGAAAACUGGAGGCAUAAAGCUUUGUUGCUGUUCAAACUGUUGUUGUUAAGGCGGAAAGUUCUUAUCUAUGGUUCACCAGCUGGGCCACUGUCAACAGCUCUAUUGACACUGGUGUCAUUACUACCAUACUGUUUAGAAAACGGACUUGUGCGUGCUGCCAAUGUUGUGCUUUCCAGGCCACUAUCACCAAUCCCAGCAGCAGUAAUUGAUAGCAAACUACAGUUAGAGCCUGAUUGUAAUGCUGAAAUAGCACAAGAGCCAUUGGGCAAUUUACAUAAUGGUUCUCACCAUAUUGAAGAGCUCUCCCCUAAAGAGACUGGGAACCUUCUGGAAGAAAAAGACAGAGUCAGUCGACAAAGUUUCGAUGAGACGUUACUUGGUGAUGUAGUUGACAGAUCGGAGGUGUCAGGGACUAGAGAGAAGUGCCACAGCAUUGGAGAGAAAUAUAAACCUCAGAAAAGUGUAACAGAAGCACAACAGAGCCCAACCAUGGCUAGAGACAUGAGUGUUGAUGGAUUGCACAAUCUAACAGGGCAGAUUGAUCAAACUGAAUGUGGAUUUCCUUUACCAUUAUUUGAGGAAGGUUAUCUCUGUUUACCUUAUCUUUCUUUGCAGUAUUUAGAUCUUUUGUCAGACCCUGCUGUUCAAGGUUUUGUUGUUGGUGCAUCAAAUGUGCUCUUCAAACAGAAAAGGCAACUGUUUGAUGUUUUGGUAGAAUUAAAUGAAAUGAGGAUUGAGACAUCUGACAUGAUGCUUCGAAGGCAGUUAGCCCUUGGCACAGAAGAUCUACGUUUUGCUGAUCAUGUUGUACGUCAUGGUCCUACACAAGGAGAUGCGUGGAUAAGAGAACAAUUCGCAAGUUACUUAAUUUAUUUGUUAAGGACAUCUUUGUUACCAGAAGGCAGUCGGGAGAUUGAUUCCUACAAUUCUCAAUUUAUGACAGCUUUUAAGUCGACUCCUGCAUACCAACAGUGGUCGCAGUCUACAAAUAAUGGAGAAAUUGAAUCUUUUAUUAACCUCAUACCUAUGCACCCAUUUUCUGGACAGCUGUCCGUUGCUGAUAUGAAAUUAAAAUUUGCGCACACCAUGUCUACGACGGAGGGCGGCAGGAAGGUGACGGCGGCGGUGGCGAGCACGGGGCGGGCGGUGGCCACCACGUCGCGGGCGGUGGGCGGCGCGCUGUCGCAGGCGCGCGGCGCGCUGUCGGGCUGGUGGAGCGCGCUCACGGCGCCCGCGCCCGGCGCCACCGACGCGCCCGACGCUCCCGACCUGCCCGACGACGCGCGCGGCUCCGACGCAGAGGACGCGGCGGAACAGCUCGACGGCGACAACCGGACGCAGCUGCGACCCGACACUCCGGAGCCGCCCGAUAAGUCCAUCGACGACAAUACCAUAAAUCUCAAUAAAAUACAGGUCAUUUAGUCGGCGCCAGUGAUCGAGUAUCUUGUUAUGUAAUGUUAUUGAAUCUUUCUAGUUGGUUCCAUAGAUUUUUUAACGAUUUAGUCAAGGGAUGAUAGUAAUCAAAAUAGUAAUUAUUGUAAAUAACUGCUUUUCUUUAUAACAAAACUAUUUAGGAUAAUAAUUUACCUUUGAUUUGAGGUAAAUAUUAAUAUUAUAUCUGUUUGUAUCCAGGAUAUCACUGAUAUAUUUUGGAUGAAGACAUUUAACUUCGUCGCAUAGGUACAUACCUACUUCAGAUAUAAUGUAAUUGUGUAUUCACAGUAGACUUGCUUUAAAAAAAUAAAAAUAGCCUACAACGAAAGUCGCUACCCACAACUUCUAUUAUAUCUUUUGAUAAAACUACGCAAAUUGUAAAUAUUUAAUCAAGUAUGUCUGGCCUGUUGUAAUGUUUUAAUUUAUUGGUGCUCUAAUUUAUUUAAUCUCGAACAUUCCUACUUAUUUUAUAUUAGCUUUUAGGUGUUAGUAUUGUUUCUUAAAAUUCGUUAUUCGACUUCCGGAAGUUCAUCUAUGAACAUACACAGUCCAGUGAUUUAACUUAUGAUAUAAUUUUAUUGAUGUGCAUAUACAUAUUUAUCGAGGCUAUUUCCGAGAUUUUAAUAUUCAGUUAGCAUCUUUUUUUGCGCUUCCGUUUGUUUGUAAGUUUAAUUAUGUAUAUUAUUGUAUAUAUUAAUCUUGGCAACUGUAGAUACUAGCUAUGCUGGAAUAUAUACCUAGUUUGUGAUCUCUUAAACACAUAAUUCGUUAACGUAGUUACUACAUUAUUUAUUAAUUGAUAUUCGAAUUAAUCAUGUUGUAUUCAAUUCGUUUUGGCACGUUUACAAUAUGAGAAAUUAUGCUCUCUGUGUUGUAAUCAAACUUUGUAACUUGAUAAAUUAUGCAAAUAUAAGGGAGCAACAAUUACAUACGAUUGUAAAUUUAUGAAGUGAUAACUUGCCACAAUAUCAGAUAUUGUAAACAAAUAAAGUAUUAUAAAUGUGACAUACUCAAGUGUUUUUUGUUCUGUAAAAGUGAAAAUAGAUGUAAAAGGUAAAUAACUUCAAUAGCGAA